GGUCAGGGCCCAAGAUGGCGGCGCGCGCGGCGUGCGUGGCUAUGUGCAGGCGCCUGCAGCAGGAACUUGGAAAUUUGUCUGUGAAUGGUCCCAAGAGCAGCACAGCCCAAGCUGGUGGCCUCCUGCUCAGCACCAGUAUGAAGUGGGCACCAUGGUCAAACCUGCACAUGGAUGUUCCAAAGGAUUUGACCAAACCUACGAUAACCGUUUCUGAUGAGCCAGACACAUUGUACAAACGCCUGUCCAUUUUAGUGAAAGCCCAUGACAAGGCUGUGUUAGACAGUUACGAGUAUUUUGCCGUGCUCGCUGCUAAGGAACUCGGCAUUUCCAUUAACGUACAUGAGCCACCGAGGAAGAUAGAGCGGCUCACUCUCCUCAAGUCAGUGCACAUCUUCAAGAAGCACAGAGUCCAGUAUGAGAUGCGGACGCUCUACAGAUGCUUAGAGUUAAAACACUUGACCGGAUGCACAGCCAAUGUCUACUUGGAGUAUAUCCAGCGAAAUUUACCCGAAGGGGUUGCCAUGGAAGUAACAAAGACACAGAUACAGGAGCUGCCAGAACACAUCAAGGAGCCAAUGUGGGAAACACUCACCGAGGAGAAAGAAGAAAGGACGUCAUAGCCUCGGAGAUGCCACUGCCUGGAUCUGAACUGAGAAGGCCUGCUGUGGCUUACAGGGAGACUGCUCCAGCUGAGGGCAAGCCAAGCCCGCCUGACCUUGCUGAUGAGUCCUUACGCCCUGAGCAGCUGCAUGGAGCCCGCGUGGCAGCUUGGUCUCAGAAGAACCACUGUAGCUGUCCUUUUCUCCCUGCCAUUGCUUGUGUUCUGAUUUGAACAAACGUUAGCAGACCUCUCUAUAACCUAAAAUAAAAAAUGUAAAUUUAA